AACAGUAAUCUUCAGAAUGAGGCCAACAAAAAUGGUGAAACAAUCUUGAGGUUGCAGAAGGAGAAAAGUGCCAUAAUGGAAAGCCUGACUAGUGCAAGGGAUCAUGCAAACUAACUCAAAAAUCAAUUGGACCCUUCUAAGUCUUCUCAGCAAGAGGCCAUGAAACAGAAAGAAGAAUUGAAAAAGGAAGUGCAGAGGUUGACCUCAGAGUUUGAUAACUAUACAGAACUAACUACAAAAUCAAUAAAAAAUUUGGAUAAAAUAACCAUAAAGACUAUUGCACUUGAGGAGACAUGUGCUUCCCAAAGAGAAAAAAUACAACUUUUGCAGCAUCAGCUUGCUGCUUCCAAUGAGAAGCUGAAGAGAGCUGAUUUAAUAACCAUCAAGACAAUGACAGAGUAUGAAAAGCAGAAAAACACUAUUAUUGAUUUGCAAGAUCGUCUUGCAGAGGCAGAGCUUCAAAUAAUUGAAGCAGAGAAAUUACGUAAAAAACUGCAUAAUACCAUAUUGGAACUUACAGGAAAUAUUCAAGUAUUUUAUAGAGUUCGCCUGCUUUUACUUGAUACUGAUUCGGGUGGAACAGAUGAUGUUGUUUCAUAUCCGACAUCCCUUGAAUAUCUUGGGCGUGGCAUUGACUUGACACAUAAUGCCCAGAAAUAUUCCUUCACUUUUGAUAAAGUAUUCAAUGAAGCUUCACAAGAAGAUGUAUUUGUAGAAAUCUCACAGUUGGUUCAGAGUGCACUCGGUGGAUAUAAGGUGUGCAUAUUUGCAUAUGGACAAACUGGUUCCGGUAAAACUUAUACUAUGAUGGGCAAUACUGAGCAUGCUGAACAGAAAGGCCAUAUACCUCGGUCAUUAGAGCAAAUAUUCCAAACUAGUCAAUCAUUACAAUGCCAAGGCUGGAAAUAUAAAAUGCAGGUGUCCAUGCUGGAAAUAUAUAAUGAAACAAUUCAUGAUUUGUUAUCACCUGGUCACCCUAGCAGUUUGGAAGCAAGUGGUGGUCUUAGCAAGCAAUACAGAAUCAAGCAUGACACUUGUGGUAAUACGAUUGUAUCUGAUCUUACCAUCAUAGAUGUUUGCAGCAUCAAAGCAGUUUCAUUCCUCCUCCAGCAAGCUUCACAGAGUAGGUCUGUGGGUAUUGUAUCGAUUGGAGAUCGAAUCAAUAUCGUUUGGUACGACAUUGUAUAUAUUGGGCCACAAGCAUCAGCAUGACGAUUCCCGAACCGAGUCCGAGGGUAGCCUUCUUCGCCUGCAGGCAAGCGCCGCUCGGUGUCGGCGGCGACGCUGUGGGGGCAGACGGCGGAGGAACGGAGCCUGGGGUCGAA